AUGGGGCCGAACUGCGGCGGCGAGCCCACCGGACCCAUCCGCAAGAAGAUUGAGGAGAAGUUCGGCUCCUUCUCCGCCUUCAAACAGGACUUCUCCAACCUCCUUGCCGGCCACUUCGGUUCCGGUUGGGGAUGGCUCGUGCUCAAGGAGGACGGCAGCACCGACAUCGUGCAGACCCAUGACGCCGGCUCCCCGCUCAAGGAGAAGCUCGGACGCCCGCUGCUGUGUUGCGAUGUGUGGGAGCAUGCCUACUACAUUGACUACAAAAACGACAGGGCGAGCUACAUCAACAUAGCCUCUAGGCGGCUUUUAGUGCUGAGGUGUGAGCAUUCCUGGCCAUAUGCCGUGGAUUCCAGUUUGGUAUGCCUGAAUCCAGCCGGGCGUCGAAACGCCACGCUGGCUGGCAAGCAGCGCGCAGUCGCUGCGGAUGACGGCACUAUAUCGCAAUGUGUAAAUGCAGGAACGGGAUUGGGUGCGCCCAUGGGCCGCAGCUGCCAGAGGGAGGAGCCCAUAAGCUGGCCCUGGUCGCUUGGUGAAACUGCUGCUCCAACGUCGUCUAACAAGGAUGAGCAGCCACCACAGCCCGAACAGAAGGCGGAAUCGCAGAAACGGCCACCAAGGCUGAGUAAGCGGGUCAUGAAAAUGGUACGGUCGAUUGAAAGGCUCUACCGACCGCCAGCCACAAUCGGCAUGGAGGCUUCAGCACUUACGAAGGUGGAUGAAUUGCCACCCGGAACGCUACAUACACUGCAAGUGAUAGAUGAAUCGAAGAAAGAGGUUACAAGUGAUCCGCCAUCUGUUGAUCCUGGCGAAUAUGAGGGCAUCAAGGGCCUUGUUAAGAGCAUAUACAGAUCGGCUACUGGGCGGGUGUUCAACGACGCCCUGUGGAAACGAUACGUACAUCGCCUCUCAGUUGUAGCAGGCACCAUGCAGCCUGCAGACAUAUGCCUGGUUAUGUAUUCGUUCGCUAAAGUGAGGUACCGAGAUCAGCAACUGCUGAAGAUCCUCAAUCCGUUGAUCGUUCGCCACAUUUCAGGACUUUCAUGUAGUGGAGCGGCGCUUAUUCUGAAUUCCAUGAAGCGCCUCGAGUUAUCCAACUAUGACAUCAUCGACUUGGCCACCAACGAGAUAUGUCUCAAAAUGGAUACCGCCAAUAUGCAGGAUAUUGCCCUUACGGCUAAUGCACUUUCCUUCUUCCAGGUGUAUCAUCAGAGGUUUUGGAAUAUGCUGUUUAAGGCAGUGUCACUAAGACACCAUCAGAUGACCCCUCUGCAGGCCUCACUGAUUCUGGCGGCCUUGGCCAAACUCGACAUACGGCACCCCAUGCUGCUUAGGUUGCUCAAAGACAAACUCAGACCCGCUGUGGAGAGAAACGAGUUGACGCAGGAACUUCUGACGCUGACGUUACACUCCUUCGCCAAGCUCGACUUCUCAGCGAAAAACCUAUACGAGGCAUCGAUACUCAAAUACCAGUCGAUGCUGGAAGAGAACCCGGAGACUGUCGAUGCGCAAUCGCUGGUGUUAUACCUCUACACGGCGGUGUGCAUGCUGGACAUGCCACUACAUCAGACGGUGGAGAAGAGUUUGAAGCUCCUGUGCACUCACAAAGAUGUGUUGAAGAACUACAAGGCCAUAAAACUGAAGUACGUCGUGGAUCACCUGAAGACCAAACAGCCGGCCCUGCUCGAGGCGUGUUGCAGCGACGUUAAGAGUUUAAUUGCAAAGGUGGAGCAGUACAAGUUGCGAAAUGUGCGGAGGCGUUUGUCUAGGUGGUGCAUGGAAGUCUCAAGGAUGCUGGCGGCACAGAACGUGAACCAUACCAGGAACGUGUGGUUCGACUACAUACACGCCGAUCUUUACAUAAAGGAACUCGGCGUGGUAAUAAAGUGCGCAGGUGAGAAUAAGGGUCACGUCGAUACAACGUUUGCAGGGCCAUUCAGCUACUACGCCAUGUCUAACCAGCAGACUGUCUUCGCCCAAGUCGAGAUCAACACCUUGUCCAUGAAGGACUUUAAGGUAUGCGUCAUCCCCUAUCACGAGUGGAACGCCCUUAAGACCGAAAAGGCCAAACAGGACUACCUGAAAAGGCUCAGCGAGUCAUGGAACACAAUGGAGCCACUUACACAGCCUACGUAG